AUGUUGAAGAGACUCAGGACACUGUUAACAUCUUUAGGUUAUACUGCAAUACAUUACUCGGGACAUUCUUUUCGUAUUGGUGCUGCCACUUCGACAGCAAAAGCAGGAGUACUUAUCUAUUUGAUCAAGAUUUUAGAACAAUGGAGUUCGCAAGCUUAUCGUCGUUAUAUUCGUACUUCUGCAUCCUGUAUUAUACAAGUUCUUACGACAAUCACAGCUGUUUAG